AAUUUUUUUUCAGAGAAAGUAAAACUGGACGCCAUCGCUUUUCAAAAAAAUUUGGGGAACAGCGUCACGGAUGUAAAACAAUCCCGACGCGAACCCACCAACCAAGGCCCGACGCGUGGCCUCCCCUUUCUUCCUUUCUUAGGUGGCGUCUUUCCAUUGGGGGCGUCACAGACGCUCCGCGAAUUCGCAGUCGUUCCAUCUCCGCUACCGCCGGUAUAGGUUGCCGUCAUUGCAAAAGAUGAUCUCUCACUAAAAACACACCUUGUUUUUCUCUCAAGGAUUUAGCGCGCUUGACUCCCUGUGUUUUUUCUGGAGUGUGUUUGGGUUGGAAGAAAUUUUGGCUUUAACUUUGCGCAGAAUUUCCCACACCGUGACUUUUUAUCUAUAUUUUUAUUUGGAGAGAGGUGUUUGAAAUUGAAUUGGUUUUGGUGUGUAGUAUGAGAAGGUGAGAGAGUGAUUGUUGAAUUUGUGGAGAUCAGGAGAUGGUGGCAUCGAAGGUGGUGUACGAGGGAUGGAUGGUGCGGUGCGGACGGAGGAAGAUCGGCAGAUCCUACAUCCAUAUGCGGUAUUUCGUGUUGGAGUCGCGUCUGCUUGCUUACUAUAAGAGAAAGCCUCAGCAUAAUGUGGUUCCGAUCAAGACGCUUCUAAUUGAUGGGAAUUGUAGGGUGGAAGACAGAGGGUUGAAGACUCACCAUGGAUAUAUGGUUUAUGUUUUGUCUAUUUACAACAAGAAGGAGAAGUACCAUCGUAUCACGAUGGCAGCAUUCAAUAUCCAGGAGGCAUUACUCUGGAAAGAAAAAAUUGAGUCUGUAAUUGAUCAGCAUCAGGACUUACAAGUUGCUAAUGGAAAUAAAUAUAUUUCAUUUGAAUACAAAUCUGGGAUGGAUAAUGGAAGGGCUGCUUCCUCAUCAGACCAUGAAAGUCAGUUUAGUGCACAGGAUGAUGAAGAAGAUACUCAUCGUGAUUUGGUUCGGAGAAAAACAAUUGGAAAUGGUAUUCCUGACUCAGUGCUUGACUGGACUCGAGAAAUAGAUUCGGAAUUGUCAAACCAGAAUAUCAACAAUCAAGCCUUUUCCAGAAAGCAUUGGCGUCUUCUCCAGUGCCAAAAUGGACUUCGAAUUUUUGAAGAGCUUCUUGAAGUUGAUUACCUUCCAAGGAGCUGUAGUAGAGCAAUGAAAGCUGUAGGGGUUGUGGAGGCAACCUGUGAAGAAAUAUUUGAGCUUGUAAUGAGCAUGGAUGGAAAACGGUUUGAGUGGGAUUGCAGUUUCCAAGAUGGCAGCUUAGUGGAGGAGGUAGACGGGCAUACGGCUAUUCUCUAUCAUAGGCUUCAGCUCGAUUGGUUCCCUAUGUUUGUGUGGCCUCGUGACCUUUGCUAUGUGCGUUAUUGGCGUCGAAAUGAUGAUGGAAGCUAUGUUGUGUUAUUUCGUUCUAGGGAGCACGAGAACUGUGGUCCACAACCAGGAUUUGUGCGUGCCCAUCUUGAAAGUGGGGGAUUCAACAUUUCCCCUCUAAAACCUCGAAAUGGGAGGCCCAGAACACAGGUUCAGCAUCUUAUACAAAUUGAUCUGAAAGGAUGGGGUGCUGGUUAUAUUUCAUCUUUUCAGCAACAUUGUCUCCUUCAGGUGUUAAAUAGUGUUGCUGGACUGCGUGAGUGGUUUUCCCAGACGGAUGAAAGGAAUGCUCAACCAAGAAUUCCUGUUAUGGUCAAUAUGGCCUCAGCUUCUGUUACUUCAAAGAAGAAUCAGAAGCCACAGGAGUCUUCUGAUCAAUCAAAUGCUGCAGGUAGGAACUCAAUGAUGAUGGAUGAAGACUCUGAUGAAGAUGAAGAAUUUCAAGUACCUGAGAGAGAACAAGAGGCAUACUCAAUGAGUCUUCAGAAUGAAGUCAAGGGAACAGCCAUGGAAGAAGAACCCCAAGAUAAAAUUGAUGUCUCAUGUUUUUCGGGUAAUCUACGACGUGAUGACCGUGAUAAGGGUCGUGACUGUUGGACGAUAUCUGAUGGGAACAACUUCAGAGUUCGUAGCAAGCAUUUUUUUUAUGACAAAACGAAGAUUCCUGCAGGGAAACAUCUUAUGGAUCUUGUUGCUGUUGAUUGGUUCAAAGACUCAAAACGGAUCGACCAUGUUGCUAGGCGACAAGGCUGUGCAGCACAAGUUGCAUCAGAGAAAGGACUUUUCUCUAUCGUCAUAAACCUCCAAGUACCCGGUUCAACACACUACAGUAUGGUAUUUUAUUUUGUAAGUAAGGAAUUAGUAACUGGAUCCCUGUUGCAACGAUUUGUUGAUGGUGAUGAUGAAUUCCGAAAUAGCAGGCUGAAACUCAUCCCAUCAGUUCCCAAGGGUUCAUGGAUUGUGCGCCAGAGUGUUGGAAGCACCCCUUGUUUAUUAGGAAAAGCAGUUGAUUGCAAUUAUAUCCGUGGUCCAAAGUACUUGGAGAUUGAUGUUGACAUUGGUUCUUCAACUGUUGCCAAUGGAGUUUUGGGCCUUGUAUGUGGUGUAAUUACAACAUUGGUUGUUGACAUGGCUUUCCUUGUACAGGCAAACACGGUGGAUGAGUUGCCGGAGAGGUUGAUCGGCGCCGUCCGGGUUUCCCAUGUAGAGCUUUCAUCAGCUAUAGUCCCAAAAUUGGACCCAGAUACAUGUGCUUGAGUUGAAACAUUGAAUUUUAUACAAAAUCUUUUGUUUGUUCAGGGUUGGUGAGGGGAUAAACAUUAAACACCCACCUGCUCAUGAGCCGCAGCUUGUUCGACGUCCAUUCUCAUCCGGUUAUUGAUCCAUGUAUGCUGAUUAUGUUCGGAAAUUCAUCCAUAGAACUCAGCUUCUCCAGGAUCAACCUCUCUUGCUUGGCAUCUAUGUUGUAGUGUAGUUAAGAUUUCACACACUAAGUCGUUGAAAUAGAGUCAAAGUAGGCCAUGCAUAUGAACAUCAUAUCAACAUUAACAGUCUAGCUUAACUAUGGACACACAGACUGAGGAUACAUUCUUGAUCAGGAUUCUCUGUAAAAUUGGAGUGCAGAGCAUUCCCGACACUGUCGACAAUGGCCGAGAUGGUCAUGGAUGAUUCAAUGCAGAGAAUGGCUGUGAUGGCAUCUAGUCUGGUGACCUCAUUUCUGAACGUCAGCCUUGCAUGUGCUACAACAACAUUACCAGAGUUGAAAUCCCGAGCAUUGUAUAACUACGAAGGUCAUGUUGGAAAGUCCAUGAAGGGCGACAUACCUUGGGCUAAUCGUAUCAAGCUUCCUAGCAUGCGCACGGUUGUUCUUACUGCAUUACUUGAAUGAGUAAAAUGGGUGAUCUAAGUAAAGGAAAAACAAAAAAAAAACAAUAUGAUAACAUUGAACAAAUCAAAUGAGGUUGUUAGGUGAAACCUGCAUUAUGUGUUGCAGAUAUUCUUUGGAGUUGAUAAUAACUUGAAAUUACUUUCUCAGCUACCUUUGU